GCCCAUUUUCUUGUCGUAUUACAUUUGUUUUCCUCAUUGUUUUCCUGUGAUUAAUCCAUAUUAAUCUAUUCUGUCGAGUAGAUUCAAUCAGGUUAAACUAGUUUGAGCUUUUCUCGUAGACGAUUCAACUCACAGUUGAAACCUGAAAUCGUAAAAUGGGAUGUGACGGUGGAACAAUUCCACGUCGGGACGAGUUAGUACGUGUUAAAAAGAAGCCAGAACAGAAAGACAAAGAUGCAGAGCUAUCAUUCAGGUGGAAGCAUUGUGCCAUCCGGCAGUUACCUUUACAGCCACCAAUUGUUGCCUGUGGUCUAGGACGUCUUUAUAGCAAAGAAGCAGUGAUUGAAGGUCUUCUGGAUCGUUCAAUGCUUCCGGAAACAGCCGCGCACAUCAAGGCAAUUAGAGAUGUCAGAGAUUUGAAUUUGACUGAUAAUCCCGCCUAUGAGGGUCCCAAGGCAGAAAAAGGUGAUUGUUAUGUCGAUGGGGGAAGAAGUCCCUACAUUUGUCCAGUGAUUGGCCUAGAAAUGAAUGGCAAAUACAAAUACUGCUUUUUAUGGUCAUGUGGCUGUGUAAUGAGCGAACGAGCGCUUAAAGAAGUAAAGACCAAGGUCUGCCACAAGUGUCAACAGCCGUUUGAAGAAUCUGAUGUUGUCAUAAUUAAUGCCGAAGGUGAUGAUCUAACGUGUAUGGAAGAUCGUUUAUUAGCACGAAAGGUGCAGAGAAAAGCCUUGAGGAAGAGGACUCAUGAUUUGGAAAAGGUAGAGAAUGCCACUAGCGUUGAAGUAGAAGCUAAAAAUAAAAAGAAAAUUAAAAAAGAAGAAAGUGAAGGAUCUAGUAAAAGCGUUAGUAACAGAAGCUCUGCUGAAGACCCUGCUUACAAGAAAUCCAAAGACAGCUACAGCGUUGCCAAGGACCCCAAAGCAACAGAGGUUUUCAAGAGUCUUUUCACUUCACACAAGUCAGCUGGUGAGCAAACCAGAGCCCAUUGGGUCACCUACAAUCCAUUUUAUAAUUAAUCUGUUGUUAGUAAGUGGAACAUAUAGAAUAUCAACAAAGAAAUUUCUCUGCUCGAGUUGAUUGCAUUAUAAUGUUCAUUCAGAAUAUUUAAAUCAUUGUAUUGUAAAAUGGCCUCAUGUGACAAUUAUUUCCCUUGAAAACAUAGACUCACAUAUCUGUCAGCAAAUUGAAAUUAAAAACUUGACAAGUAUUGAAAUCCAUCUUUGUAUGAAUUCAUUCGAUAUUGUUUGAAAUAAAAAAUGUCACUGAUGUAGGUCUUCAGUAAUUGGUAUAAA